UUGCAGGGAGUGCUGUGGUUGCCAUGGUGCGGCGUCAGCGGCCGGGCUGGAGCAAACCUCAAGGCGUGGACUGAAAACAAAAAAUAGCCCAGUAUCUGAACGCCCCUGACUGCCCGGAUUACUUUAUGCGGAUGAUAUACUUUGGAUAAUUACAGGUCGGCGCAUUUUUUUAAACGACAGUCAUGUCAUGACUGUUUCCAAAAGGGCGGAUGCCCUCUUAUAUGUUACAGUGGCUAAGCUUGCUAAAGUUCCUGCUAGUUAGCUUGCUAAUAGUUGAAGCUAUGUAGCUUUAGCCGAUUAGCCGAUCGAGUCUAAACAAGACGCUGUUUAUUACUCCAAAGGUAAACGUAAACCAAACAACGACAGCAAGUUUUUUUUAAAUAAACGCGGAAACAGACAGGUUAGUGCCAGCAGACUCUGAGCUGUAACGUUAAAACACAUACCACCUGUUGAUGGUUGUGUUGCCAUGCUAGCAUUAGGUGGCAAAAAGAUCAGCCAGCAACCGUUAGCUCUGUACAAUCGUUUACAUGCUAACGUUUGCUAAUGUCAGUACGCUGAAAUAAUGGUGGGGUCGUUUCUCACUUUUUAAAAAACUUUAAUUAUGUCUGUUUGAUAAUGCUGGAUGUGAGCAGGGGCCCUGCAGAUGUGUGGUUGGCUUCACGUGUUGUGUUGCUUUUAUUUUGUUGCCGUACUUGGCAGGUAGUCUGACAACAAUGGCAAUGCACCUGUCAACAACAGACGGCCUACUUUAAUCCAAUCUGUUCGUGUCAGAGAGAGCAGCUCAGGAAUAGCUACUACUACCGCUGUGGUAACAAGCAUCUGUUUGUGUACAGUAGUUUUCACCAGAGAGACUGUGACCCGGCUCUAGAGAGUUUCUCAGCUAACUGGAGACAACCAGAUAUAAUCAUGAUAAAGUGAUGAAGACGACAGAGGUGUCUUGGAUAUGAUUAACGUGUGACAAAAUGGAAUCUGAAAAUGCCACUGACCUCUACGAAGACAAUCGGGAUGUUAAUCUAAGUCACCGUUCCCUCCGGAGUACAAAGAAAGAUUCCAGAGCAUCAUCCAUCAAAAAACACAAAAAGAACUUCCGAGACAAGAUCCAGGAUGAGGAUGAAAAAGACAGCUGUGUUGAGAGUAGAUCAAAAACCAGAACCUGGCAUUCAGACCCUGAUCGGGACCAGAUAUCAGAUGGAGAGGGACGGAGAAGUACUGGGUCCUUUUACUCAGAGGACUAUGAGAAUGAGUCUCCUUCAGACCGAUCGCUCUCAUCAUACUCCCGGUCCCGGACUCCAUCCCCCACUCCUCAAAGAGGGGUGCGGGCAAAGAAGAUUUCUAGCAGCCCCCUCUACAAGACAGGUGGUGUGGGGCGCAGGGGUUUGUCCCGCCCACCGCGUCCAGGUGGCCAACCUCUGACACAGCAGCAGCGCAGGGGAGGGCGAUCACAAAGCAAGGAGUCCACACCCCCUAAAGACCUGGACCUCGUUACCAAGCGGAUGCUUUCGGCCCGCCUGCUAAAGAUCAAUGAAUUGCGUAACGCUCUUGCUGAGCUACAACAGCGCACUGAUGAGCUGCAGAAGGAAAACCGAGUUCUCAGACAGCUUCAGGUUCGUCAAGAGAAAGCCCUGCAGCGCUACGACGACACAGAGAGUGAGAUUUCACAGCUGUUGGCGCGCCACUCCAACGAGACCCACGUGCUGCGCGAACGGCUCAGGCGCACUCAAGAGCGGGAGCGUGUAGCUGAGCGGAGGCUGAAGGACAGUGAGGAGCAGCUGCAGAGGAGUCUGGGGACCAUUGCCCGGUUAAAGAAGCUGGUCGACCAGCGGGAGUUAGGAGCCAGGGAUGAGCUAAGCCGUAGGCUGGAGGAAGAGAAGGCGCGGGCCCAAGAAGCAGAACGCAAGAUUAAGGAGCUGGAGCGAAGCUUGGAGCUGAGCAACAGCAGUUACCAGAGGCAGUUAGCUGCUGAGAGGAAGAAGACCGUCAGUGCCCAGGAGGAGAUCAGGGCGCUGCAGGAGGAGCUGGAGCGCCUGACCAAUAAACUUAAGGAGAAGGAGAGAGAACUAGAUGCCAGGAACAUUUAUGCCAACCGCAUGGGGAAAGUUUCACUAAGAAAAGAUACAGAGAGUUGCACAAAGCGGAAAGUCCCCAGCAGGAACAGCACCAAGGCAGUGCAGACUGAAGACAGGGUGUCUAGUCUGGGUUUCCCCACACCUCCUCCCGCCAUCACUGAUGCCAGCGAUUACAGUGAACAGGGGCCUGACGAAUACCUGUCACUCAAAGAGCUUGACACAGAAGACAGACAGGCGGAGACAGAAGACAGCCAUCAAAACCAGGAACAGCAGAGGAGGAGAGACAAGGAAAAAGACAAAGACAGGGAGAAAGAGCAGGAGAGGGAGAAACAGCAACUCAACCAGGAGCUGAAUGUACUUGAAGAAAAGGCAAAGAGACUAAGAGAUGGCUGGGAGAAGGAAAUGGAGGAAGAAGACAGAAAGAAGACAAGUUCCCUGUUGAACCAGAAGGAGGAAGAGAACAAGAGGAAGUGCGGUCAUGUCCAGGAGGAGGUGCAGAGGUGGAACCAGGAGGUUUUGGCCAGUCAGCAAGCAGCAGAAGAAGCACGUCGCAAGAAAGAACAGCUGCUGGCUAAGAUGCGCGAAAUAGACCGGCAAAACCAGGGAGCCCAAAGCUCCAUAUUGGCUGAGUCGAGUCUCCCUGAGACCAGCAAGAGCACCAGCACCAGUGACCAUGCUUCCCCUCGUCCUCCUGAGCAGAGGAACCAUAACUCUUCCAUUUUCAGCCUCACAGAAUCAGAGGAGGUGGCCAGUUCGCGUGCUAGUGCUGGAAGCAGAGAAGGUGGAAGGAGAAGACCAGGCGUAGAAGGUGGAGCAGCUACAGCAGGAAUGGGGAGGCGAGCAUUACGCACACAAAGCUCCAGUGAUGACUUGGCGUUCGGAAGCUACGCGCCUUCUUUUGGACAUUCAGCUUCCCGAGGAUCCUCUGGUUUCCCCCCACCUCCGCCCAAAGAGGACAGGGACUCUGCAUUAGAAGCUAUAGGUGUUUUUAGUCUCAGAGGGAUGGAGGCAGAGAAAGAAAAGGACAUGGAAAAAGGAGCGGGCAAGGACAGGAAGUCUAGCCUCAUGCAGCAGCUAUUUGGUGCCCUGGCCACGCCUGCUGGCGACAGUGCAAGCACUAAGAUGGAGGUCCUCAGUAGUCCUCCAACUACCAAUGGAGUUCGUUCAAGAAGGGACGGACUGCUCAGCUUCAGCUCAGGGUCUUCCACUCCUCCAGCACCCUCUUUAAGUACCCUACAUGUAGCAGAUAGCAAACCUGCCAUCCGUGCCAUCGCCUCAUUUGAUGAUGACAUAGAGGAGCUGACUUUAUGAAAGUAAUUUAAGUGAAGGUAGUCAGUCCUGGAUUAGACCAAUUUGUCUGGCAGCCACAGAAUGAGACACUGUGGGGUGAUUCCCAAAAUAUAAGGAAUUUAGUGAUGAACAUUUCAACAUUAAAAGCAUAACAAAACCAAACAUAGAAGGGAAGAAACUUUCUUCAACAUAUCUAAAAUCCUCUAUGACUAUAUAAAAGAUAAAUAUUUUAACCUGUGUUACUGUCUUUGUGGUUUUCCGGUGACUGGUUUAUACAGGAAUUUUGUGACCCUUAUAAUUUGUUUUAAUGCUAGUUGCACCUUUAAGAGUAUUAUUUGUUGCACUAAAUCACUGGUUGCAGUUCAGAUUUCAGUUCAGCCACAACACACAGGACCCCUGCCCUUAGAACAUUUGUCCAAUAAACACAGGCAACAAACACGCAAGUAAUACAGUCAAGGUGAAACCGGAUGCAAAUCAUAUUUCUUUACAUCUCACAUUUUAGCGCUUUGCCAUAUUUUCUAGUAAUAAUAGUUUGCUGUUAGUGUUUGUUGAUCAGGGAUCCUGGAAUUUUUGGGGUUUUUGUGUGUGUGUGUGUGUGUGUGUGUAUCUUUCUUGAACAAAAUUUAUCCCAUAAAGUUUGGUAAUCUUUGAGAUCUAUUGUCUAUGCCAAAAGAAUUUACUACAAAGUCAUAUGACAAUCAAUACAAAGUGUAGACUGAUUGCUGAAUGCCCGACAAAUACAUAACACAGGAUAUUUUGCCUUUAGGAAAAUGGCAAACUCCUGCAGGUUUACAACCCCCAAUGUUAUGCUAAUUCUAAUCAAUAGAGAAUCAUAGAGAAUGCAAUUAUGUUGAAUGAUCAACAAUGUAUUGUUGAGCUCAGUGAGGUGGUGUAGUUUGUGUGUAAUACAGCAUAUGUUUUAUAUUAAAGAGAAAACUCACCAGCACUAACAUAUUGAGUGUUUAAGUGCCACUGUAAAUUGAGAUCCCCUAACACCAGCUCACUUGUAUCCCCUUUAACACUGAAUAUUAUUUCUGCCAUGUCCCAGUGCCCUUGUCCCCUGCUGGCAGUAGCACACUGACCAGACAAUCAGCGCUAAAGCAAACCACCAGCGGCUGUAUGAGUAGCUACCUGUUGAGUUUCAACUAUAUUGAAGUCAAUAGACAAAAUGCUCUGUUUUUUUUUUUAAUCUCUAUUUGUUCAGUUACGUUGUAUUCAUAAAACUCAACAUUCCAUCAUGAAAAAUCACUAUAGCAGCUCUUACCACUCUGAAUAAGUAAACUGUAAAACUGGUAUUUGUAUAUUUCAUUUCUGACACGGUCUUGAAGAGCCCUUUGUAUUUAUUCUUUCAGAAUUUAAUAUAGUCGUUUUCGUAAGGGAAGUAUGUAACCAAUGAAAACUUUGUGGUUAA